AUGAACCAAGCUUGGGCGUGCUUCAAGCAAAUGUUGAAUGUUUUCCCACACCACAUGCAGACUAACGAAGUUCUAGCUCCCGCUUUCUUUGAGGGUUUAGAGUAUAAUGCUCGUUCUUUUCUCAACAGUGCAGCUGGUGGACAAGCCAUGUCCAUAACAAGUGAAGUAUUCUUUGACUUGCUUGAUAAACUGUCGAAAGGGAAUGAAGGGUAUGAAGGUGAUACUUCUCGAACCACAACUCAAAGAGAUGCAGGGAUCUUAUACAUAGACCAAACUACGAAUUUAAAUGCUAAGAUAGACGCAAAACAGCAUACUAUGACUGCUCAGUUUAAGCAGUUGGCCUUAAAUCAAGCAGCUCUAAAUGUGGUGCAACAAACAGUAAAUUGGUGUGGGGUAUGUGGUAGUGCAGCCCAUGAGACUGAGCAAUGUGAGGCAAACCCAAAUUCUGUUAACUACGUAGGGAAUAUGCAAAGGGGCCAAAGCCAACAAAACUACGGUAAUAGUUACAAUCCUAGUUGGAGAAACCAUUCUAACUUCUCUUGGGGUGGAAACCAAAAUCAGAAACAUGCACAAGGUGCAACCAAUACCGAAUCCAAGGGGCUGGACAACAAUACCAGAACCCCAACUAAAAAACAUCCAAAUGUCCCGAAUGAGCUUAGUGAAACAAGUUGCGCAAGUGGCAAAUUCUUUGGACUUGCGUCCCCAAGUGGGUUGCCCGGUGAUACUGAGCUUAAUCUAAGGCAACUACAUGAUGUGAGUACUAGAAGUGGACUACAAUUGGAGGAAUUAGCUCCAAGAAAGGGGGACAACGAGGUAAACACCAAGGAGAAGAAAGUGGAAGAGGUAGUGAAAAGCCCAAAUGUUGAAGAACCCGUUCACAUUGAUCUACCUUUGCUUGACGUUUUGCUGGGUAUCCCGAAGUAUGCUAAAUAUGUGAAGGAAAUUGUGGCAAGCAAGAGAAAGCUCAUAGAGUAUGAAACUGUAGCACUUACGGAGGAGUGCAGCUCAAGGAAUUCGGAUCCAUCAGUUUUUGUAGAUGCAGAUCCAUAUCCAGAUCCAGAUGUGGAUACAAAUGCAUUAAAUGCAGAUGUAGAUUUUGAAUUUGAUAUUCUUGAAAGUCAUCUCGAUGCUUUUUAA